AUGCAUCGUCGUACAGCGCAACAGGUCCUCACCAGCGUCAAGUCGGGUCGUCGUCGGCAUCAGCAGCUGUUGUCCAUGGCCAUGGCCAUUCAACAGAGAAUCAUGCAGGCUGCUAAUAUGUAUCGCGACCCGUGUCGCACUAUCACCGAGAUACUGAGCGUGUUUGAUGAGUUCCAACGAGAUGGUAUAGAGUUCAACGAAAUUCACACAAGUACGGCUUUACAUAGGUUGGCCACGGCGAUUACUAAGACGGGUGGUGGCAGGCCGACUGAAGGAGCUACCAAUGCUAGUGUUAUGGCUACUUAUGUGACGUCGGAUGCCCGAUUCGUCCGCCUUGUCGAGCGGGCUAGAGUGCUGCUACCGGGUGCCACUACCAGAGCUGUGAGUAACAUCACAUGGGCGCUCAGCAAGCUCAACUACACCGAUGAGGGAAUCCUUGAUAUCGUCACGGAGUAUAUGUUGGCCAAUUUGGAGGCCUUCGAUACUCAGGGCGUCUCCAACUGUUUGUACGCCUUCGGGCUUCUCCGCUGCAGUUCUGGGGACCGUCGCAGGUUGCUACUCGAUCGACUCUGUGAGCAUAUACCCCCGCGCCUGAAUGAGUUUAAACCACAAGAGAUUUCCAACUGCGUGUAUGCCCUGGCUCGGCUCGGCCAUAGGGAUGACAGUUUCCUUGCUAGUGUGGCGUCGUAUAUACCCGGAUGCAUUAACAACUUCAAAGCACAGGAAAUGUCGAAUGUCGCUUACAGUUGUGCUCUGCUAUCAUACAAGAGCGACCCUCUGUUCCAAUCGGUGGCUGAUGAAAUGAUCGCUCGUGGCAUGAGUCGGUGCAGGAGCCAGGACAUUUCCAAUACUCUGUAUGCAUUCGCUAAGGUUCAUUUCAAGUGCGAAGCUUUAUGUGUGGAGGUGUGUGAGAAUAUGAUAACGCGCUUACAUGAGUUCAACAUGCAGGGAAUAUCCAAUACGAUGUUCGCUCUGGGGGGCCUAGGGUACCGUCAUGAAGCCUUUCUGAACGCUAUUGCAGAUCACGUUGUCGGGCGUCUGUGCUCGUUAGAUCAGUUCUCGCAGUAUUCGACGCCCCAAGAUUUCGCUAACACUCUGGUAGCAUUCGCCAAACUGAGUCUACGGCACGAUCCACUCCUCGACGCCUUUGGUUCUAUCAUGUGUCACAGACUGCAUGCGUUCAAGUCUCAGGAGCUCGCCAGUGUCGUGCAUGCUUAUGCAACACUAGGAUAUGUCCACACGGCCUUCUUCAUUGAGGUGGUUAAUGGCAUUUUAUCGUCUCCAACUCUGUGUGGCUACAAUAAGCUUGUGAGCAGUAGCUACUCGGAAGCGUCACCGACGAUGAGCAUCGGCCAAAGAAGUUCGAACGCUUUUGUUGCAUCAUCAGUUCCACGUUUGAGGGACUUCAAACCGGGGGAUAUUGCGCUCAUCGUAUAUUCGUUUGGUUUGUUGUUAUGGGAGCCGCCACAGCAUUCCAAUGUCGAGUUCUUUAUGACGGCAAUAUGCAGUCAUGUAGCCUCCAAUUCGGACAAGUACAAGGCUAGUGCGCUCACUAACAUCGCCCUGGCCUUGGGUAGACUACAGCACCGCGACGUCGCUUGUCUGGAGGCGAUCUGUGCGGCGCUCGUUUGUGAUGGAUGUGUGGGAGGUGGUCUGCAAAAACGUGAUUAUCUCACUAUUCAACUUACUUCCUUGGACGUCUGCAACUUGGUGUGUGCUCUGGGGCUCUUGUCCUAUCGCAAUGAUGAUAUGCUGGCCCGACUAUGCAGUAGACUUUCUGAUCAACUUGUCCACCUUACGAUGUGUAAAUGCUCAACUAGUGAGGGAACGCUCACUUGGUGUGAUCAUCCUGGCCAUGUGAACGGCGGGGGAGUGUGGGAGGCGAUGGGACGCGACUCGGAGUCCCCAGAGAGACUGCUCAUGGCACAGAGGAGCUCUAUUGGGUCAACAGCCCCUAGUAGUGCAGGAGUAUCACCAUCGAUCUCCCCAAUGUAUGUUGGGGUAAUGGCGAGCAACAGAGCGUCGUCUCCAAUCACGAAAGCGUCUAUAGUGUCGUCGUCGUCCGCUAGUAGCAGUAGAUGCUCGCUGAGUGCUUGUAGUGGUAUUGGUGGUAAAGUUAAUCAACAGCAACAACAGCAAUAUAUGGUAUGCUCACCCGGUGCUGUCGUUAAUGUGCUCCAAGCUUUGUAUAAGUUGGGCUAUUCCCCACCCGCGGCGUUAAUCUUAGCUGUUUGCCAAUUCUUGCAGGUUCCCACUUGUAAGCUAUCGGAGCUCACUAGUCAGGCUUUGGUGGCUCUCCUCACUACCUUACAAUGGUAG